CACCUCAGAGAGUAGUAACAUAAGAGAGAGUGAGAUUCAAAGAACUCCGGUAUUCGCACAAAACCGCUGAGCAAAUCAAAAGAGUGGCUGUUUUAUCCUGGAGGCAACCGGCUGAUAUUCUGCUGUGCGAAUAACGAGGCAGUGCCGCGAACUUCUUAAAGAGCGACCUAGUCUGCGACUCAGCCAGAUCGGUAACCCUAGAUUUUUCUGUUUGAUUUCUAACAUAUCUUGUCUACAAUAAGGAGAUAGACUCACUUUCUUUGAAAUUUGGGGGCAAAGAAUGCUAUAUGGGUCAUCGUAGAUGGUUGGACCAAGGUCACUCAUGGAGAAGAAGUAAGAAAUUUAAUGAUAAAGCCGAGUUUAGAGCUGAGCCUCCAAUAUUAAGUGGACAAGAUAUUCUGAAUCCGUUGAAUGGUGCUCUAAAUCCUUAAACAACAAAUUGUGGAAAAGCCAAAAGCCAUGAAGUAGUUAAGAGAACUCGAGAUGGCAGUAAGAUUGGAGGAAUCGAAGUUGCACCAGGAGCCAAACAGGUGAUCGACAGUAAUGAAUUUUUUUUAAGAUGGAAUUAGGGGUAAUUUGCAAGAUGAUGGCACCUAUUGGUAAGUUCUAUUGGUCCCACGUGACGAAAGAGCUGAAGCAACCUAUCUAUGCAAAAUUAGAGGUAAUAUGUUACUUUUGUAGUCUGAGUUUGAUAUCUCACUGACUAGUGAAGCUAUGAGGAGGGCUGUAAACUACUCACUAUCAAUGCGGUUCAAGAACUUCAAGCAUCACUGUCAUGAACAUUAUCAGAAGUUAGGUGCUGACAGUGCUCGUCAGACCCCACAUGAGAACAUUAAAAUGGAUGAUUGGCUACGUCUGUGUGACCAUUUUGAAUCUCCUCAGUUUAAGAGGCAAAGUACUGCUAAUAAACGUAGCAAAAGUAUGCAGACUUAUGCACACACUACGGGAGGUAAAUUGUGCAGUCAGCGGAUGUAUGAAAUGGAGAAAGCAAAGCAUGCUGCCACCCACCCUGAGGAGGAGAACUCGAGUGACCAACCCUCUGAUGUAGUCGAGCAAGAAGAGCCUAAGGAAAUGAAAGUUUAUGCAGCCACACAUAAGAGGACAGAUGGUAGUUGGGUCGACGUUCAACCUCAACACAACUAUGAAAUGCAGAGAAUGUAUGUUGAGGCUUUAGAAAAAGGGAACCGACUAUUUGGUGCUGAAAUCCUUGCAAUGGUGCUAAACAAAGCUCCAACUUACAUCAACAAACAGAACCCGACUUCCGUAAAAGAGAAAGAACUAGAAGAGCGUUUGGAAAACUCACUGCCUGAAGGAGAGAAGCAGAGGCAAGAGUUCUAAGGGCAGAUUCAAACCCACCAACAUAAAAUUGAGGAGCAGGAACAAGAAAUUGAAAAGAACAAGCAUGUCAUCCCGAAACUGCAAGAGCCCAGGACAAUCUAAAGAGCUACGUGGAGUCCCUAGUACGAAUAAUUGAUGGGACACCAGAGUAAUCUAAGGUAAUAACCCUCAACUAACUUCUCUUAGAAUAUUAAGAUGCUAAGAUAUGUAGAGUGGAUUGAGUUGAUGAAUGGAAUGAAUGGCCUGAAUGUUCUGACAAGCUUCAAUGAAGGAGUAGGCAUCUAAAAUGUAUAGGCAGCAGUAGAGUUCAAUGAGCUGGAAUGAAUGGAAUGAGUUUGGCUUGGUUUAUCUCUUAUGUACAGGUACUGUCUCGACUUGGGCGAUGUAGUUGGAACCUCAUUUUGGAAGGACAUGGACAAUGGUGCCUUGCGUCGUUGGCUGGUGAAAAUUUUGUCUUUCAGUGGGAUUCUCAUUUGAGAAUGAACUUGAACUUGUUGUAGGUCUGUUCAGGGUUGAACAUUUGUAGGGUGUGUCAAGUUUUCAGUGUCUAGGAUAUCUCUAUGACUGGGCAGUUAUUUUCGAUUAUGUCAUGUUGUUUAAGACUUAUGACUGGGAUAUAUCUAUGCCAUUGACAUAUUUUUAGAUUUGGUGACAAAAGUGGCAUGUAAGAUUAUGCUUAUACAUGUUGAAAUGAAUGUCAUAAUAUCCAGAAAAUGUGACAAAAAUGCAAUGACGUAUACUGACAAAUAUUAUUGGUCAUAUUAAAUAUUUAUUGACAAAAUCAAGUCGUUGACAAUAAAACUGACAAAGCCGGAAAAAAUCGACAAAACAUAGUUGUCAGAACAAACCAAUAUUGACGAAAACAAUUUUGUCAGAACUACUGUAGUGUUAUCAUGACCAACUAUUAUGAUGAAAUGUUUGUUACAAUAUAAUAAUUUGUCAAAAUAACAUGCUAUGAUGCGCGACUAGUCCUGGCAAAAUUUUUGUGUAUUAUGACGAAGAUAACCUUUUAUUAUAACAAAAUAUUUGGUCAAAAUAAGGUUUUUAUUAUGACAAAAAAAUGCGCGGCAUGACAUCAGGAAAUAUUAUGACGAAGUUAUAAAAUUUUGUUACAAUAAAGUUGUUUCGACUACGUAGUUUUGACAAACGCCAUGACGGAAUAUUUAGUCAUUAUAAACCUAUUUUGAUGAAAAUGUGUCUUAUUGUGGCCGUCAGAAUAAACGAAACUUGUUGUAGUAUUUCUAUCAAGUCAUCAAUAAUAAUCUCAUAGUCGGAGAGGCGUUCCUCUCCCGUGGAUUAGUCCAGACAAAUCGUCAGGGAUACAUCGUAAAUCUUAUGUCUUCUUUACUCUUCGCACGAUUUAUCAUAACUUAAUCACGUUCAAUCAAGCAACUCAACUGUCGCGCAAGCUGAUGACGACGAACUUCCCAACAUAGAGAUCACAACUUGAAACCAUUAUCAUGGGUCCUCAUCUUUUGGGCUUUAUUAAUGGAAUCGCUACAACUCCUAGGGACAAGGUCACCGUGUCACACCUGGGAUUGGUAGAUCCUGGUUAUUGUUUGGUUUCUGGGAAAAUGGCUGAGAAAACAAAAGAGAAAUCUACAACUAGAGAGAGAGAGAGAGAGAGAGAGAGAGAUAGUUGGGGGGAAAAGUUGUUAUUCGAUUCGUUAAGUAACGUUGGGUUAAGGCGGACACUUUUAUACCCAGCCUGUAUAAUUACCACAAACAUCCUCUAAGCUAUAAUUCUAUACAAACUACUCCUAAAUUGUGUCAACUGAAUCCAACUAUUACAACUCCCCCUUCCUUUAGCUGAGACUUGUCCUCAAGUCUCAAAGUCUAGAAAUCGUCCAUGAAAUUCACCAAGAACUCCCAUGUGGCAUCUUCCUCGGACUGGUGUGACCACCGAACCAAGAUUGUAGCUAUUUAACUAGCCCUGUCGACAAAACGGCGAGCUAGAAUAACCUUUGGAUAAGUUUUCAAUCCGCCUGCCUCAUCCAUCUCCAACAAGGCUGAAUGUGUUUGAGGCUGAUUACCAGGAGCACAUUUGAGUAAGGUGACAUUGAACACUAGGUGGAUGAUAGUACCCUGUGGAAAAGCACUAGUGAAUACGGAGUCACAAUAGAGUGAGGCAAGCCAUGGAGCUUAAAGACCCCAUCAAAGAAUGUUGAGCUACUGAAACAGAAGAGUAAGGCUUAGCUAGACUGAAGACAUGCACGUACUUAGAAAACAUGUCAAUCACUACAAAUAUUACAUCUUUACCUUGUGAUUUGGGUAGGCAUUCCACGAAAUCCAAAGAGAUAUGUUGCCAAGAUUUUUCUGGAAUAGGUAGUGGAUGGAGCAGUCCAGAGUAGGAGAUAUGUAACAUCUCAUUUCGAAUAAAUUCAAAUUUCGGUAGUUAAAAAUUUACACGAUUAAAAUCAAGUAUUAUAAUAGUAUUUCGAUUAAAAUCGGAAUAUAUAAAUAUUAUAAGUAUAUACUAAUCAAUUAUAUAUAUAUAUAUAUAUAUAUAUAUAUAUUAAUUAGUCCCGCACCCUUGUGUGUUGCAAAGGGAGGGGAUUUGAUUAAAGCAAUGAUCGAAACCGCUUCAAAGUUAAUUAUAUAUACAAAACCCCCAUCUCGUCCCAUUCUAUUUCCCAUUUCCAUUCGCGUGAGACCAAACAGAAAACCAGAGAGGCCUAGCGUGCACAGGGGAGAAAUCGUAGAGCUCAAUUAUUUUGUUCUAGUGAUCCAAAUAUUGGUGAAAUCGUUAGGUAAUCCUUUAUUACAACCUAGCUCAUCAUUUCCUCGUCCGUAGAGAAUAUCGGACCAUCAAUUUCUUUCACCUCCAAUUGUAUAAAUUACGGCUUAAGAGUAUCCGGAAGCCGGAUUAAGCCCAGAUUUCAUAUACAAGCUUCCUGCAGCGAGAUAAUUAAUCCUCUAGUUCUAAUCAAUGAAUUUCGGUUAUUAUUUAGGUCGGAGCCGAAAUUGUUGAAUUUAGCUCCGACCAGGGUUUGAUGUGUUUUUAUCGUGAAUUUCACCCGGAGUCUAGAACUAACAUGGACGGGGACACUGGAGGGGAUAUUAGGAAAAUCUCGGAUUUUCAUUCCGGGUUUGUUUGAGAAAAGUGAAGUUUUGGUACGGGAGACUAGAACCGGUUUUUGAACGACCAUAACUGGUGAGGGAUUAACACGGCAUACCACGUUUUUAGUAUCACGAUGAUUAUAUUAAUGCUUAGAAUUGACUUAAGUGAACUAGAAUGACAUGAUUAGAGGUCUAUGGACUUUGGUACUAUAUGAUGAGCCCUUGAGUGCUAUAUGAUAUCAUUGUCUUGUCCUAAUCCUUAUGGACCUUGUUUAUGCUGAUGAUUCUGUAUAUGUUGAAUAUUAUGGGCUUGACUGUUAAUAUGCCUUAUGAUGGUUCGAGAAGGUAAUUGGGUAUGAUUUUUCAUGAUUGUUGUAUUUGGAUGCACAAGUGGGAAAAUAUAGAUCUCGUGGUGAUAUUAUGAUGUUUAAGGAGGAUGACUUGCACGAGGGUUUAUCCCAAGGAAGUGUAAUUAUACGACUCCUGUUUUACCUAUGUUGAGCCAAUUAUGGUCAGGUCAAGUACAUGUGCAAGUAACAAAUUAUGAUUAAGCAAGAUGAGAUAUGAAUCAUGUAUAAGGAUACCAAAUAUGAGUAUUGUGGUCUCAUGGUCAAUUACAUAGUAAUUAGGGCUCCCUAUGCUAUUACUCUAUUAUGAUAAGUAUGAUAGUCACACCUCUCAUGUGGUGGUGACUGAAGAUUUCUCACGAGAUAUGACCACACCCAGAGCGGUGUCGGGGUAUGACUACACCCAUAGUGGUGUGGGGUAUGUAUGACCACAUCCAACGGGAUGUUGGGGUAUGUAUGACUACAUCCGACGGGAUGUGGGGUAUGUUUCCCGGGAGAGUUAUUAGCAUGGGAGUAGCCAGGCGCCUAUAAGUAAAACAUGAUAAGACGCAUAUGCAUAAGUCAAGGUGGUUGAGUCUUUUUCCUAUUGUGAUGUCGGAUAGCUGAGGUCUGAUCCUAGUGCUUUGGCUUGUUUGCUAGAUGUAUGGUAGGGGUAUGCUUUGUUAUGAACUCACUAUGCGAGGAUUAUCUCACUCAGCUAUGAGCUGACCCUCUUUUAUCCUCUUUCUUUGCUUAUGCCAUGUGUAAGCAGAUCAUCAUCAUCAACAACAGUAGAUAGGUGUAAAGGUGGGAGCUGAGUAAGAGGUGAAGGGAAGAAGAGGUAUGGUCUUCAACUAUUCUGUGCCUGGACGACUAAUCGGGAUUUUGGCUAAUGAUCCACACCUUUUUGUAAAAAUGUUUUGAGAACAUUUUCAUGUGCAUACUAGCUUCUGAUGUAGUGUGAGAUAUCCACAGGUGAGAAAAGUUGAUUAUAUGUGUGUAUGUGUGUGGUGGUGUAUGUUGUGACGAUUAUGACAUGUAUAAGUAUGGUAUGUAGUUGCAGAGUACGAAAGUGUGACUAUAGCUGAUUCGGGCCUAAUUGCACAUGUUUUCCCCCGUUUUACUUAGGUGUUUGUGCCAAAUUUACUCCUUAAAGGUUGGUUUUACGCUAGGUUCUUCGUGUUCGAGUGUGUUUUAGGAUUUAACAGGUGAAACCAGCUUCGGAGUCGAAAUAUUGGCGAAAAGGAUCGAAAACCGGGAAAAGAGGUGAAAAAGAGCUAGUUCACGGCUACUAAAGGGAGUUCACGGUCUUGCAUGACCGUGAAGAAGAGGAGUUGACCGUGAAUCGCGAGGCGUCCAAAGCCAAAGUGAAGGUUACUAACGCAAGGUGAGUUCACGAUCACUAAGACCGUGAACAAUGGCAGUUGACCGUGAACUCGAGUGAACGAUGCGGCACUUUUUGGCGCACGCCUGAAGUUCACGGACGCGUUGCAUGGUUCACGGCCGUGAACUCAGGUCGUGAACUCACCCCAUCUCUGGUUUAAAAUAUGAGCUAAAAGGAGGAGAGAAGGGAGAGCCCAUUUGGUGUGAAAAGCCUUCUUCUACAUUAUAAAGAGAAAAACGAACCAAAGGGAGAAGAAGGCUAGGGUUUAGCUUCAAGGCAGAUUUAGGGAAGAUUUCCGCCAAGGAAAGCUCAACUCAAGGGCCAAGAAGACUGGGAGCAUCCUCCAAGAUGGUUUUCAUCUCUUUCCCUUUUGUUUUUCCCACUUCUAGCAUGGAGUAGACCUCCUUUCACUUGGGUGUUGUGAAACCCUAACUAUACCAUGUAGUUUUGUUUUAUGUGUUUUAGAUGAUUGUCACUGGGUAUUGUUUAAUUCAAUAAAUGAGGCAUUAUUCAUGAUGAUUGUGCUUAGCAACCUAGGUUGUGCAUAUUUUGUGCUUAGCAUCCUUAGGUUUUUGCAUGUUGUUUCUAGAAAUCUAAUUAGCCACCUUAACCUAGCUUAGAGAGGAAAAUCCCCCUUCCAAGGGAGACUCAAUCGAGUUGGUUUUCCUUCCGCUUUCUAAGCCACCUAAACUAGGUUAAGCUAGGGCAAUCCUCAAUAUUGAGUUAAGCAAAUUGGUUAAUCAUGAUUAAGCCGUCCGACCUUAGAGUUGAGUGAGGGAAUAAGUCAAUUACCGAUUGUCUAAACCGAGAGGGUCGAGUGACACGGCCUUUCAUGCUUACCUCAGUUUAGCAAUUGAGAUUGUGGUCACUGACCAUAUAUGCAUCCCUCUACGGUUCAAGAUUACCGUGCCCAAAGCAAUCGUUCCAAUUUACAUAGCAUGGUAGCAGUUAGGGGGAAGCGACACCCGAGUGAUCUUUCCACCAAAGAGUUAUCAAAAGUAUUUACCAUUGCUUUCUUUCAUUUCAAUUAGCAAAUCUUUACACCAAAGUUUUGUUGCUAGAUAAUGAUUUCAACAACUGAAGUAGGGGUAGACGGACCGGCCCGGGUCGAUAUCUAAAUACUUGCCAUAUACUGCACCCGAUUAGAGUUUAAAAGCUUGGGCUCUACUUGGGUUUUUAUUGUGGUGUAGUUUCGUGCGAGUCAAUAGCUAUGAAAGCCAAUGUGCAUGGUUGUGAGUAUAUAUGUAUGUCUAUAAAUGCAGGGAUUCAGAUGAAUUAUUUUGCAGGGUCUAGUUGCAAGAACUGUUGGCCCAUUACGCGAGUAAUUCAUGUCGAAAUUUUAUUGGUUGAUUUUUGGUUAUUAAUGUAACACCAGUUUUAAAUUCCGCUGCAAUUGUGUGAAAAAUAUGAUUAGGAAAACGUACAGGGUACGUUGUUACAGAAUAUUCUCGAUCUUGCAACGUUGACAGAUGUCAAAGCUACUCACAAAUUGCUAAAUGUCUCGUUUGAAUCUAGACCAAUAGAAAUAUCGCUUCAGCCUUUGAUAUGUAGCUUGAACCGAAGAAGUACACCAACAGGAGACUCGUGGAAUAGCCUCAUUAAGGAACGCCUUACAGAGCCUUAUGAAAGCACAUAGAUGGAUUCUUUGUAGCACAACAACCCAUGUUUCAUUGAGUAUAGUCGAGGACCAAAAAAUAGAAUUGAAGCUACUAUAAUCAAGGCUUGAACCACCUGAUCUCCCACAUAAGUCUCUUCCAAUUUAGACAGCCAGUCUGGAAGCACCGCCGUCAUUGCUUUGAAAAUGCCUUGAGCAGUAAAAUCCUGAUGCCUUGACAAGGCGUCAACUACCCUGUUGAACUACCUUGUCUUUGCUGGAUUUCAAAAUCUAAACCAAGCAACUUCUAGCCUAAUAGGUGUUUCAGACUUUCCUGGUUAGUAACGAUUUUGAAUGUUAUUCCUUCCAAAUAAGGCUGCCAUUUAACAACCAUUAACACAACCAAGUAUUCCUUCUCUUUAAGUCAAAAGCCCAUGCUUCAUUGGACAUAAAGCUUGACUCAAAUA